GCUCUAGGCCUCCAAUCCGACACGAACUCGUAAAGCCUUACAUAUAAAUACCUAAAACCCAAGCCAUCUUCCGAGCUUCUCUAUUCGGCCGCACCAAGCCUCCCACCCGAUUGAAACUGCUGCGGACGGAAAAACCAGAGGGAAAACCGGGGGAAAACAUAAGAAAAAUCAACGGAAAGAAAAGGAAAUACGGAAAAAAUCGAAAGGGGAAUUAGGGGAGUUCAGAAGCCUCUCCGCUCCAAAGCCCUCCUCUUCCCCCAAAACUAAAUCUAGGGUUCGGAGGUAGCAUGAAGUCCACCUCCAUUAAUGGCGUCAAGCUCUACUCUGUCUCGGGCCAGCGUUCUGUGCCCACAUGGAUCCCGCCCAGGAAGAUCAGAGCCCUUCGUAAGGAUAAAGAUUACCUUCAAAGGGUGGAUAUAAUCCAGGAUUUGAGGUUUGAGACUGCCACGACCAAAAUUAAGGUGACUCCUGAUGGAGAGUAUGUCAUUGCAUCAGGUAUUUAUCCUCCGCAAAUUAAAGUAUUUGAGUUGAGACAAUUGUCAUUGAAGUUUGAAAGGCAUCUGGUUUCAGAAAUUAUCAAUUUUCAGGUACUAGAUGAUGAUUAUUCAAAGAUGGCAUUUUUGUGUGCUGAUCGUUCUGUUUGCCUCCAUGCGAAAUAUGGAAGUCACUACAGCUUAAGGAUUCCGAGAAUGGGAAGGGACAUGGCGUAUGACUGCUGGUCCUGUGACUUGCUAUGUGCUGCUUCUUCCCCAGAUUUAUACAGAAUAAAUCUGGAACAGGGUCGGUUUCUGUCAUCGCUUAACACACAAUCACCUGCUAUAAAUGUAGUUUCUCGAAGUAAUGUUCAUGGGCUUAUUGCUUGUGGUGGUGAGGAUGGUUCUGUGGAAUGCUUUGAUUUGAGAAGAAAAUCUUCUGUUGGUAGAAUCAAUGCUGUCAUGCCAGCUGGUGAUGUUGACCAUGAGGUCACUGCAGUGCAGUUUGAUGAAGUUCAAGGAUACCUUAUGGCCGUUGGGAGCAGUGCUGGAAAGGGUAUGGAAGCCCAAUAUUGAACAUCAAAUGGCACCAGACACUUAAUUCUGCAGAACCAAAAUUGGUCACUGCAGAUAGUCAUGUUGUUAGGAUAUGGGAUCCUAAUACGGGAGAUAACAUGACCAGCAUAGAACCAAAUGCGGGAACUAUCAAUGAUAUAUGCAUUUUUCGCGAGAGUGGCUUGAUGUUACUGGCUUUGGAUUGUAGCCAGAUACCAUCCUAUUUCAUACCUGCUCUAGGUCCUGCCCCGAAAUGGUGCUCCUACCUUGAAAACCUAACGGAAGAGAUGGAAGAAGGAUCACAAACCACCAUAUAUGAUGAUUACAAGUUUUUAACUAAAGAACACCUUGAACGGCUCAAUUUGACAAAUUUGAUUGGCACCAAUCUCUUGAGGGCCUACAUGCAUGGUUUUUUCAUUGACUACCGACUGUAUAAAAAGGCACAAGCUUUGGCAGAUCCUUUUGCAUAUGAUGCUUACAUAGAGAAGCGGAAGCAAGAGAAGAUAGAUGCUGAGCGGGCUUCUCGAAUUACAAUCAAGAAGAAGUUACCAAAAGUGAACAGGCUUCUUGCAGCUCGCUUGCUUGAAAAAGAAGCAGCAGAAGAAGCCGAGAAGAACUUGGAUGAUGCUGACACGAAAAAGAAAACAUCAAAGAAAAACAGAGGAUUAAACAGUGAGAUCCUGAGAGAUGAGCGUUUUGUAGCAAUGUUUGAGAAUAAGGACUUCGAAGUUGAUGAACUUUCACCUGAGUAUCUUGCACUUCAUCCACAAUCUGCAACGAAGCAGCCCUCUCUGAUUCUGGAACAUUUUGAACCAGUUAUGGAGGAUGAGGAGCAGGAGAUCAGUGACUCUGAUGCUUCACAGGCCUCCCAGUCAUCAGAAGAUGAAUCUGAGAUGGAUAAGAGUAAAGUGAAGAAAUCGAAGCGCAUGAGGUUGUAUGAAGUCAAGGAUGAGCGCCAUGCUGAAGCAUUUUGGAAACAUGAGUCCCUUGCCAAAGAGGAUGCCCUUCCUCUUGGUGAGAGGGUUGCAGCUCUCCAGGAUCGGCAGUCAUCAGGUACUCCUAAUGAUGUCAAGUGUGGGCCAGGUGGCUCACGGGAAAUCUCAUUCGUCUCCAGAAGCUUGAUGAAAAAACAUAAGGCUGAGGAGCCCCAAGAGGGAAAAAAGAGGGGCAUCCGAUCGCUAGGCCUGAAGCCGAGCAAGGCAGAGUUCUAUGGAAUGGGACAGCAUGGCGGUAGAGGGAAAGGUGGUCAUGGCAAGAGUAAAGGAAGGGGCCGGAGGUGAAAAUGCAGAAAUUGUAUCCUUGGAUGUGGCUUUCAUUGUGCAAUUUGGGUGAUUUGAGCAUCCAAAGUUUUUAUCUUUGUGCAGAAGGGCGACUCGAUCAUCCAAAAUUUUUUGCAAUAACAGAGUAUCUUGGUGUACAAUUAUAUCAAAUUUUGAUCUCUCUUCUUUUAUACGAGCUCACAAGUUAAAUUUAUCUUCAAGUAGUUUUUUCAGAAUGUUGCUUUAUGAGGUUCUCAGGGGCCACUUCUGAUCUUCUGCAUGAAAGAAAUUAAUACAAAGCAUAAUAUGGUUUUU